AUGCAGAAAUACUAUGCCGUACAGGCGGGCUUUGUUCCGGGCGUGUACCUGACAUACGCGGAAUGUCAAGCCCAGACAGCCGGCUUCAAGGGCGCCGUUUUCAAGUCCUUUCUCUCAAAAGACGACGCCGAAGCCUUUGCAGCCGGCAAAAAGGUGGCCGUGGCUGACGAGCCUGAAAAAUUCUACGCUGUUGCUGUCGGCAACCCGACCGGCAUCUUCACAGACUGGUCGGAAGCCUCGAAGGCCAUCACCGGGAUCAAGGGUCCCAAGUACAAGCGCUUCAAUACCCGCGCAGAAGCCGUUGCAUAUAUCCGACACCAUGGCAACAGGGAAGCAAUCGAGGCUUUGGGAGAGAAGGUAGAGCCAUUGGUGGAGAAAUUUGAGGUGGAGGAAAAGCCGGCUAUAAAGAAGUUCACUCCCAUCGAGAAGGUGGCUGUCACAAAGAACCGCGAGCUCGACACAAGGCCGCAAGAAAACGUGCUGAACAUCUGGACGGAUGGCAGCAGUCUGGCCAACGGCAGGGCCGGCUCUCGCGCCGGGCUGGGCGUUUACUUUGGAGACAACGACCCUCGUAACCUUGCGGAGAGACUGCCCGGCGAGCCGCAGACCAACCAACGCGCGGAGCUCAUGGCUAUGCAGCGCGCCUUGGAGAUUGCGCCGACCGACCAGACCGUCCGCAUCCACAGUGAUAGCCAGUACUCCAUCAAGUGUGUAACCCAAUGGGCCGAUGGCUGGAAGCGGAAGAACUGGUUGACGGCCAGCGGCGAGAGUGUGAAGAACCAGGAUAUCAUACGGGCCGUCCUCGCAAAGAUGGAUGAGCGAACCAAGGCGGGAAGCAACACAUACUUUCAGUGGGUGAAGGGCCACGACACGAACAUCGGCAACAUUGCCGCAGAUCGGCUAGCCGUCAGAGGAGCCAAUCUGCCUUGA